AUGAAUAGAAAAUCACAUGCAGAAAUAAAAGUAGCUAAUAAAGAAAAAUAUUUCGGGAGUCACCAUGGAGAGGACCCUGCAGGUAGACCAGCUAAUUUGGCCAUGAGAAGGAAACUGCACAGACACAACUGCCUGCAGAGGAGAUGUAUGCCUCUUCAUUCUCGAGUCCCCUUCCCCUGAGAUCUCUCUAGCUAACUUUAUGCAGUCUACCAGAAAAAGAAGAUGCAUGAAGGAAAGAUAUC